UCCCUUGCCUGUCUCCUGCCGCCUUUCUCCUGCAACCUUUCCCCUGCUUGGCUCCUGCCGCUUUUCCAGGAGACCCUGUCCCUUCACAGUGUACUGAACAUCAGCUAAUUGUGACUCCACCCACAAUAGCGCUACACUCUAGAUCAGGCCCACUAUGCAGUACAGCCUUAUGGGGCUGGGUCACAGGAACCUCGGAGACACUGACCAGGACUCUAUGGCUGUGGGGAAAUAGGAGACUUAAUGACCACUCUAUUCCAUAUUUACUAUGUUACAUGUGCAAUAUGUUUUAUGUAUUAUAUUUAUUCCAAAGAACUCCAGCUGUGAGGAACGGAGUCUUUAUUACACAUCACACCUUCUGUAUUCUCUCUAAUUCAUCAAGGAUGGACAAAGACAGGAGUCACAGGACUGAGAGGAUAAUAAAUAUCACCCUGGAGAUCAUUUACCUGCUGACUGGGGAGGAUUACACAGUAGUGAAGAAGACAUCCAAUGAGUGUGAGAUACUCAACAGCCAUCCCUGUGUGUCAGGAGGUCUGAGUAGAACCCAGAGCCACAUCCCAGUGCCUCCACCUGACUCACUAAUACAUGAGAGACCCAAUGACCAAAAGAUCCUGGAACUCACCAACAAGAUCAUUCAGCUGCUGACUGGAGAGGAGGGGGAGUAUAUAGAGGAACACAGGGGUCUGUACAAGGACGUGAUGAUGGAGAAUCACCGGCCCCUCACAUCUCUGGAUAAGAGGAGACUGUCAUGUAUUGUACAGGGGAGAGCAGAAGGACCCAGUAACCGAGAUAUCUCAGAGAGAUGUCCCCGUCCUCUGUAUACCCAGGACUGUACAGAGGAGUAUCACAGGAUCCCACAGGAGGAUCAGGGUGAAGCCCAAUUAAAUAAUAUUAAAAUCAAAGAUACAGAGGGAGAAGAAGAGACGUAUGUGACUGAUAUAAAGGCAGAAGAUAUAGAGGGAGAAGAAGAGACGUAUGUGACUGAUAUAAAGGCAAAAGACAUAGAUGGAGAAGAAGAGACAUAUGUGACUGAUAUAAAGGCAGAAGAUAUAGAGGGAGAAUAAGAGA